AGUUAAGUGAGCGUCGCGGUAGAACACCUAUUAUAAGCAUGCUUAUCCGUCUGUUUUGUGCGGUGUUAAGUUAUUCCGCUGUAUUAUUGCGGGCAAGUGCUGACAAUAAUAGCAAGUUUGAAGUCGCUUACGAAUGGAAUUACAUCAACUAUACCUGGCCCUCCGCCGAAGCCAUGUCCUCGGCCGGCUACGUCCCUGGAGAAGACGUGAUCGCGGGUAUUAAAAUUUACAAAAACGUCAUUUACUUGGCCCUUCCGAGAAUAAAACCAAGUUCAAGAGUAACUCUAGCUUCCAUCCCUAUCGACGCAAAUAAAGAAAAUCCACUUCUGUCACCGUUUCCCAGCUGGGAAAUGAAUUCGGGAUCAACUUGUGAUGCCAUUCAGAAUGUCUUGAGCAUGGAAAUUGAUAAAGACGGCAUUAUGUGGGUUUUGGAUGCUCGAAGAGUUGACAAUAAUACCGAUUGUCCACCGAAAAUCAUUUUAUUAGAUUUGAACGAUAAGGGAAAAAUCGUCAACGAUUUCCUAGUGCCAGACGAGUUGUGUCCCCGUAAUCGCGGCUGCUUCCUCAACGACAUCGUCGUCGACGGGGAUUACGCUUACAUCUCGGACACGACUUCUUCGGAUCCUGGAAUUUUCGUUUACCACAGGGACUCGAACUCGGCGUGGAAGGCGAGAGACAAGAGCAUGUUUGGCGAUCCUAAUGCGGUGAGGUUUGAGGCGCAAGGUGUGGAAAAUGAAAAACCGUCACACAUUAAUGGCAUUGCACUGUGCUGUGGAGAGACGGAGAGAACGUUCUUUUUUAUACCUCAAACGUCAUUACACGUUUUCUCUAUAAGUAAUUCAAUUUUGAAAAAUCGAUCGAUUGCAACUGGCAGCAAUUUACAUAAUUUUAUUACCGACGAAGGGACGAAACAGGGACAGUCGGGAGGAAUGAUGUGUGACACCGCGAGUAAUAUCUACUACGGAAUACUGCCGUUAAAUGCUGUGGGUAAAUGGAACAUUAAAAAGCCGCUACUUACCGCCGAGAUUGUCGAGAAAAAUGAUGAGAUUAUUAGAUGGCCUGACAGUUUCUCGAUAUACAAGGAUUAUUUGUACUUGAUUACCAACAGUAUUUCGAAAUUUUCGAAAAGUGGGAUUGACAAAAGUGAAAUUAAUUUUAGAAUAAUCAAACUUAAAACGGACACUCGAAGCUAUAUUUAUUGCUAAAUAAAAUAUUUUCCUACCUUAUUGCACGAUUUGUGCUUGUACACAUGUGAAUAAAGAUUCUUGGAAAUUUUCGAAUCACCAAGAGUUUAAGAUAGUUUAUUUAGUUUUUUACCUCCAGACU